CAGGGUGACGCCACAGUGGUCACGAUGCACACGAUUAAGACUGUGGAAACCCAAGUGCCCUUUCUUAAAGAGAGUUUCUUCACCAGCACCUUCAGAGACAGGCGGAAGAGCAGCGCCACCAGCCUCCUACGCCGACAACAGCACUCUGUCGGCGCGCAGCAACAGUUGCAAGCGCCAUACAUUUCUGGUCUUCCUGAGGAUCUCUACCCUUUGCCCUCUGGGGGUGGUCAAGAGCAACCCCGUGCCAAGGAGCAGCGGCGCUUUCGUUCCAACAGCAGCCCGUUAUGCAACAGAUCUGAAUGGAGAGGAGCAGAUGGGGACAUAAAGGAGGGGCAAAGGGAGAGGAAGGAUCAGAGUGCCAGAGAAGCCCUGACUGGGAGGCGGGGUGAGCGAGGAGUGAGCGUCGGUGGCUGCGAGCCAGCGGCUGUCACCGCCAGUCUCCGCCUCCUCUCGUCGUCAUCGGCUGCAGCAUCCUCACAGCUGCCUCUGACUGCGGUGCGUAAGCAGGCGGGAUUUGGCGGAGGAGCCCGCGAGGACCCCCAGCCCCAUGCCCACUCUCGACCUCAGCAGCACGGCCUCUUAGCGAGGGGGGUCCGCCUGCUACGCAGCAUGGGCAACCAGGAGGCCAAGCAGAAGAAAGGAGGGAACGGCGGAGGCGGCAGGGAUGUCUUGUGCGAGGCCGGAGAGAAGGAAGUGGAGAAGAAAUACAAAAGGUCCAACAAGACUAGCAAAGGGGAACAAAAUGAGAAAAAGAAAUCCAAGUCAGAUUCCAAGGUUUCCGUGUUCUCCGGGAUGAAGAUCAGGAAGAGUUCAAAGGCCAAGGUAUUGUCCAAGGAUGACUUGCUGGAGGACGAAAGGUUGGUAAAUGCAGGUCUCAAGCCUGGAGCAAAAACCAGCCUGUCUGCCGACGAGAUGGGAACGCUGUCGGAUUUUGAGGGCGAUCUGAGCCGAUUGACGGCAGGCAAACAGCAAUCCAUCUUAGAUGCAAUGUGCCACAUGAGCGGCUCUGGAUCGGACGUGGACCUCUACAGUUUCCACUCGGCUGCGGCUGACACCGAGGAUCUGCUCUCGGACAUUCAACAAGCCAUGAGGGUCCAGUGUGAAGACUCGACCUUCCAAGGAGGCAGAGCCGAUGAGAAGGUUCUAUCCCAUCAGGCUUUGAACUUCGACAAGGACGUCUGUUCCCGUCAGAACAACAAAUCAGAGAACGAAAGCGAGCUCAUGUCCAGAGAUCCGUCCGUGCCCGGAUCACUGAGUGAAAGUGGACCAUCCUCGGAGACGGAGAGGAGCAGUGGAAGCCUGUUCCCAAAGACCAACAGCACUUUCAGCUUCCCGGACACUUUUACCACCACCACCUCCUAUGAGAGUGCUGAGGAUGACCUGGAGAGUCCGGCCGUGCGUCCUGGUCAAGACUGGACGGCUCAAGGCAACUUCCCAAGUGUGCCGUGUGUCCAGGUGGAAUCUGUAGUCGCAGGGCCCGUCGGGGCUCACAAGAGCGCAAGCAGUAUGGAUUUGUCUUCAGAGCGAGGGGUGGGAGACCAUAAUGCUGGACAUGAGUUCCUUUCCCUGAGGAAGAAGAGUAGUCUAUCAAUCAGCCUGCUCACCAGCGAGAGCCCCACCAGACCGACUUCUGCCAUCUCCCCAUCCACUGUCAAACUCUACCCCCCAGUGCACCCCUCCUACGUGAAGACAACCACGAGGCAACUCACCUCCCCCAUCGGCUCUCCGCUUACCAGCCCCUGUGUGCCUAGGAGAACAGACUCUGGGGAACGCGACGAGGCCCAGGGAGUCAAGGGGCGGAAGCAGAGGUCCAGUUCCAUCGCGGGGCCCCUCGGCACAUCGGCGGAUUGGUGCGAGCCCAACGGUCGUGAUGGAGCUGUCUUCUUGGAGCAGCAGCAACCCGAGAAGGGAGCUACAGGUGGCACUUACUGGACGCUGGGCUCCAGGAGAGCCCAGUAUGCACAGUCCAGGUCUUCCAGGGGGACGACGUCUUACCUUGAUAUCUUCUCUGGCCGUACUCUGCUGGACAGGCUGUGUAUGAACCAAGAGGAGGGCUCUUCAGAGGACCAGGCCAAGGAAAUGUGUCAGCAAAUGUUGACUCAGGGACUGCUGCACCCCUUCAGUGACAACGGAAGGGACCGCCACGGCGAUGCAAAGCCCGCUUUUAACGGGGAACAACUGUACACCUGGGCCACUGUGGGCCUGCCCGUGUCCUCGCACCUAUGGGAGCUGUACGGCGGGAAAACACCAACCAAAGCACAGAGUUCCGGAUCACCUUUGAAGGCCAAGUCAACAGCAGCAUCUCACCCUCAGACAGACUCCAGCAGGUUGAAGUCUGGUCAGUCUUCCUCCGAGGACGAAGGUAGCGUCAUAUCCCAGCUGGAGAAGACAAUCCUUGACCUUCGCGUGAAGAUGGCCGUGCUGCAGAACCAGCAGGUUUCCUCGGCGAAGGCCAGCAAGGAUGAUUCCAGAAGCCAGGAAGCGUUUGCCCAGACCUCGCCAUUAGGGGAUGGGCUUAAGUUGGACAUGACCACCGGCUUUCCCAAACCUGAGGGAAGAUUUGUCUGCACGUGCCAGCAGAAGAACAAGAUUAUGCCACCUCCACCACCUCCUCCACCUUUACCUGAGCUUGGAUCUUGUCCCCCUCCCCCUCCUCCACCUCCACCACCUUUACCUGAGCUUGGAUCUUGUCCCCCUCCCCCUCCUCCACCACCCGGUUUUGGAGCUCCACCCCCACCUCUUCCUCCCCCAGGUACGGGCCCCCCGCCGCCGCCCCCUCCUCCCGGAAUGGGCCCCCCUCCUCCACCCCCACCCCCAGGCCUUGGCCCCCCACUGCCACCACUGCCGGGCCCCAGGUUCUCCACGACUGUACAGGAAGCCGCUCCUGCCAAGGCUGCGAUCGAGCCCCCCAAGCCAAUGAAGCCCCUCUACUGGACGCGCAUUCAGUUGCACACUAAGAAGCCAAGCGGCUCAUUAGUUUGGGAGAAAAUUCAAGAACCAACAGUGGACUUUCAAGAAUUUGUGGAUCUCUUCUCCAAAACUGCUGUCAAAGAAAAGAAAAAGCCAAUUUCCGACACAAUCAGCAAAUCCAAAGCCAAGCAGGUGGUAAAGCUUUUGAGCAACAAGCGUUCUCAGGCUGUUGGUAUCCUGAUGUCCAGCAUCCAUCUAGACAUGAAGGACAUCCAGAAUGCCAUCCUCAAUAUGGACAACGCAGUUGUGGAUCUGGAGACCCUACAAGCGCUUUAUGAGAACAGAGCCCAAAACGAUGAGUUGCAGAGCAUCACGAAACACAUGAAGUCAGCGCAAGACAAGGAGGACGCAAAGCCACUGGAUAAGCCCGAGCAGUUUCUGUUGCAGUUAUCUGAGAUCCCCAACUUCUCUGAAAGGGUUUUCUGCAUCCUUUUCCAGUCCACUUUUUCUGAAUGCAUUACCUCAAUUGCCCGUAAAAUGGAAAUCCUUCAAAAAACAUGCAAGUCUCUUCAGAGUGGCAAGUGUGUAUUUCAGGUUCUAAGCCUGAUUCUGGCUUUCGGGAACUUCAUGAAUGGAGGUAAUCGCACCCGGGGGCAGGCUGACGGCUUCACCUUGGACAUUUUGCCCAAGCUCAAGGAUGUAAAGAGCAGCGAUAACUCCCAGAGUCUUUUGUCCUACGUUGUUGCUUACUAUCUGAGGCACUUUGAUGAGAAUGCUGGAAGAGAGACGUGUGCCUACCCUCUACCUGAGCCACAUGACCUUUUCCAGGCAUCCCAGAUGAAGUUUGAGGACUUUCAAAAAGAUCUACGCAAGCUGCGGAGAGACCUGACCGCGUGCUCCAGAGAGACAGAAAACGUAUGCAAGGUGUCCUCAGAAGACAACGUCCAGCCCUUCAAGGACAAGAUGGAUGCGUUUGUUAGCCAAGCCAAAACUGAGUUGGAAACACAAGAGAAACAGUUGGCAGACACUCAAAACACCUUCUUGGAACUGAGCACGUCCUUUUCAGUCAAACCCAAAGCGGGAGAAAAGGAGGCGUCUCCCAACACUCUUUUCGGUCUUUGGCAUGAGUUUUCCACGGAUUUUAAAGAACAGUGGAAGAAGCAAAAUAAACUAAUGCUAAAGGAACGGCUAAAAAUGGCAGAGGAGUGUUUCAGACAGGCCAAGGAGAAAGCAUCCUACAACGUCAAACCCAAACAUGCAACUGGAAUAAAAGCAAAACUGGACCAGAAGAUGUAAAGCAGAGAACGCUAAUCAACGAGGCUACUGCGCAAGUACCAUCAGAUGUGACACAUUAGUCAUUUUUACUCGAGUAUAUGUAUAUUUUUAAAUGGAUUUGAAAACUUUCUUAGCGCGAGUUGGCCCAUUUUAGGCGUAUUGAGAGUGGAAUGCUCAACCCCUUUCUGGCAGCACUUUUUAAAUUAUUGCUUGCAAAAGACAAAGUCAGGCAUUGGGGACUAGGGUGUAGAUGCCAAAAAAUGCUCACACUGUAGCAACACUGUAUCCCUGCGUUGUAUUUUAUAAGCCAUAUGUGGAGGGUUUUUUUCUUGUAUUACAAUAGCCCACCCUACUUUACAAGAAAGCACAUUUUUUUUCUAGUUUAUCAAAAUAUACCAGGUAUAGAUCGCCGUGAAACAGUGCCUUAUUACACACAGUAGUUGACAAAUAAGUGCAGUGAUGAUUUUAGAGACAAAUCAUUUUUAAUUCAACAUUUCUAUUUAAAGGAAAGGUGGUUAAGACAUGACUUUACUUUCAUCCCAUCACAUACUUUACUUUCAUCCCAUCACAUACUGGUAGCCACAUGUUUAGCACCCCCGCCACGUUCGCUUGUCCCUAAAAAGGCCACAACCUCCCUUAAAGUGGCAGUGAUGUAAUGCCAUCAAGCUAUUAUUGCUUGUCUUAUGCUUUAAUUCCCAUCAGCUCGUUUUGCCAUUUUGUCAUAUUCACAUCAUACACCUAUGUGCUAACGGAACGAGAGGAUUACAUGACAUGUUUUGGAUUGAAUUCCUUUUGAACCUGAAAAAGCUAAUAUAUAUAUAUAUUUAUUGAAUAAAAUACAGUAAUCUUACAUUUGGGUGGGGUUUUUGUGUUCCUGUUUGUCAGCAGCCAUGAAAAAAAUGUUUUAUAUGAAAUAGAUUUAAUAUACUUUUUCACAUAUGCACACAUACAUGUAUAUAUUGUAUUUUAUAUAUAUUGCAUUGCACUUCAAUUACACAUGCAGCAGUACAGCCUGUCCUCACACGAAUUUAGUAGAAUUCUAUACAAAAAGCAAAUGCUAUAGAAAGCGUACUGUAUUUGGGUAUUUCUAGGAAAGAAAAUACCUUGAACCGUUUCUAACGAUGUGAAUGCAGAAUGCUUUAAAAAUUUACAAAACCAGCAAAAUAAUAAUAAUAAUAAUAAUAAUUUUAAGCAUGUCAACCAUAUCUAGUAAAAUGGUUUGUUUUUGUAUAAUUUCCUACUAAAUUCUUGUGAGAACAUGUUGAGCAGUAUUAUUUUUUCUUAUUGUUUUUCUCGUAUACUGUGUGUCCAAACAUGUAAAUAGUCCUCAUCGUGUCGCCUCUUGACAACCAACUGUGUAUCAUUUAGGACACUGAAUAGAUUUAAGAUGAGAAGGAUUAAGAAAAGUAGCACGCCUGAACAUCGCCUACAGGUAAACACCUUUUCACAGUUUGGGUCCGGGAUAUUUUGGGGAUUUUGGACUCCUUCCCCUGGCAGUAAAGGAAAAUGUCUGGUCCAGACCGACACAUACCAGUCUCUUAACAUGUCCUGUAGUCUUUGAUUUAAUCAGUGUCUUCUCGUUCUGUGUUACAUUAAGUUCCAAGCAAGGAGACAGGACAUUUUUUGGCAUCAUUGGUGAGUUUCAUCAUGGUCUUCACAGCUUUCCGUGGCCGCUCACGUCCACAGACCUGCAGCGACACUGUUUGACCCUCUGCACUUUGCGGUGCCUGAAAGGGGGCUGCAGGUCUGGGCAAUCCAACUGCACCGUGAGCUGCGUGACGCGAUGCGGCCUGCAGAAGGAGCAGGACUGAAAUGGCUCCUGGGCCUUAUUGUGGCCUUUUCUUCCUUGUCCUCGAUUCUGGCCGUGUCCUGAGCUGCUGGGGCCCAUGUGUCGAGGGAUGUAAAAAGAAUUGCACUGGCCGUAGCAGAAGCGGUUGACCACUGUGCGGCUCCGGCAACCCUCCUCGCUGAUGGUCUGGCGCAGGGGUUGGGUCUUGCACCAGUCCCUGCGCAGGUAGCGACGCUCGGUCACCACCAAGGCCUCGCGGCUAGACGAGAGCACCUCGGGCUUCUGCUGCAGUAGCCGGUGGUGGCGCUCGGAUGACAGGUUCCCUUUGGUCUUGUAUGGCGACGGGAUGUAGCCCUGCGGGCGGGACCUUUUGGUUUCUGCCGUGAUGCAGAGCACUCCAGCCAGUAUGGCUGCGAUGGUUAUUCUCCACAGCAUUCUAGAUCGGACAGAGACAAAUGACUGCGUGUUAAGAACAAAAUGCAGAACAUCUGUUAUUGCAUUUGGAGUCAUACCUCAUGUUGAUGUUAUCCACCUUUACGUUUUGGCCUUUCUGAAAGGAAUUGGUCAGCAUCAGCAUGUCAUUACUUCUACAGUGAACCCCUGCCUAUUUGCAUCUCCCCCAAUAAAUAGGAAACUAGUACAGUGACUUGUGUCAACGAAGUAUGUCGAAGUGAUACAUCACGCCUGAGACAAGCUUUAUAUGUUGGGGAGGAGCUAAGUUUAGCCUGGUUUAGUGGAAGUUACGGAGUCUUUGCCGCAUGUGUAUUUAUACGCGCACUUCCCGGUUAAGGGUAAUGUAUGAUGUUUUAAAUAAUAUAAUAAUAAGUUUUUGGGGAUCAUAGUUUGUCCUAUAUUUACAGUUAAAAUGUUUAUAUUGGCAGUUAAAAGAUUUUUGGGGGAGAUGUCAUUUCCCCACAUUUUUUUUUUUGUUUGUUCGCGGCAGGGCUCGAUACCCAUCACCCACAAACGGGGGUUUCAUGUAUUUUCUUUUUCUCUUGGUUAUGCUACCCUCCCUAAAAUAAACAAAGCCCUCCAAUUAAAGGAUUCACUUACACUCAUAACGAGAAGGGGAAGUUGAUUUUAUUGGUCCAGUCGCCGGGUGAAAUAAUUAGGCCUUUGCUUACUUUAGUCAUGAACUAUGCCAUGGAUAUGUAAACCGGGAUUGGCCAGGGCCAUCUGCAUGCCAUUAGGGGAGGAGUACUGGAACCCUACAGUACCUUGUCCUCUUUUUAUUCUCUGUGCUGAUAUAUUAUUGUUUAAAGGAUGAACUGAGAAUGACCUACCGAUUGUCUUCUGUAUCGUCCUCAUGCCAUAAAGGGAGAAUUGAUCCCACGUCUGCCAGCGUGCGUACUGUCAGUGUUUUGUGCCAGCACAUUUUUGACCAUCACUCAAGCAUCUUUUGAGCAGAUGUUCCUGAAAAGGACUGACAGAAAUCCAAAGUGCCUCAAGGCCAUCGUGUGCUGUUUAUUCACAGAGUUCUCUUAUGCUCAGUGUCUACGUCUUCCUCUCUGCGACCUGCGACUCACCCUGCCCUGGAACAAAUUACUUGAUGGUAAUCCACUUUGGGAUUUUUGACUCAUUUUGUGCUGCUCGUGAUCCUGAUGUCAUGGCGGCCGUGUCGUCGUGCCACGAGCGAUCGCUUUUAACUCUCGGCAGACGUUCGUCCAUCCUGCUUAGACGCCAGAUGAAUUCUAAUAAGUAUCUUCCUACAAUGAAUCCUUCCUUCCUUAAUUUCUGAGGUUUGGAACAAUUACAUGGUUAUAGCUCUAUUUUUAUUUUUUGCUGUACUUUAUUGACCACUUCCGUGGUACAUAAGAGAGUAAUAGUACAGUGGUCAUAAUUUUAACAAAACCCAGAUCUCAGUAUUGGCACUGGAAUGUUUGAUCUUCCCUCUACUACCCGUUAAGAGUCCCUGUCCAUCUUAUAGGUAGCAAGCUAUCAGAUCUCUGUGGUUGGAUCUUCACUAUUUUUUCCCCGCUUACAUUAUACAGACAGAAUACAGGGGGUUCUCAGUUUAUGAUGGGCUCAACAUACGAUACCAUCAAAUGCCAAAUAUUUUUCUUCCUUUAUUUAUGGCCUUGGAGUGUUUUUCCUACAAAUAUUUACUUUAAUUAUGACUGCUACUGCAUUAGCGUAGGUAAGUGAUAAACUAUGGCGUGUUCCGACUAGCAUACAGAUUUGGGCUCCAUUGCCACUGUAGUAAUGGAUCACCAUCAUAAACUGAGGCAGGCCCCUCACAGUGGUCUUUUUUCAAAAAUUUCAGAGUUACGAGUGCUUUAAGAACAUUGUGUACCCUCGCCUUCUGCUUUUACUCCUAUCUUUUUAAGAGUCCCUGUUCGUCCCUGUUUUUCAUUCCUUUCCGUCGUGGAAGUGUUUUUCAUACAAACAUUUACUGUAGCAAUUACAUUACUAUUAUGCUGUGUUAGUGCAGGUUAGUGAUAGACGCACAUUCUUAGAAAUAUACAAACUUGCGUUACGUUACCGCCGUAGGCAGGGAACUCUGUCAUAAACCAAGGACCCCCUGUAAUGCCACAAACAAAUAGGACAUGACCGUUAUCUCCGCCUUGCCAAAUGUAAGCUAUACAGUUGCCCGAAAAAAUGCUUGCUCAUGUACUGGUGGACCUGGGCAGGGCUAUGCCUCUGCUGCUUGAAAAAAGGAAGUUAUGACAACUUUUAGGUAACAAUUUACAGAUGCCUGAUGGGAAACAUGCGGUGUGUUGCUUCUUAAAUGUCAUAAUAUGCUGCCAAAGCCCUGUCUAAAUCGUAAUCGGUGUCGAGGAAGUAUGGUGAAGUGAUGCAUCUUAACUGUGGAAAAAGCUUUUUACAGUUUAGGGGAGGAGCUAAAUUUAGCCAGGGUUGUUAGUGGAAAUUACAGAGAGUCUGCACUGCAUUUGCAUGCACGUGGACUUUUGGUGCAGUUUUCGAAAUAAAAUCAUCUGUAAGCCAUUUUAUUUUCUCAGGGUAAUGCUGUAAAGUUGAGUUUAUGAUCAUCAUCCAUCCACGUUAUUCAGCUUGUGCUGGACCUUUUCAGUGAACAAUGUUUUUGGACUUGCGAGACAAAGCCACAUUAACAGGAGUGAUUGUGUAGAGAGAGAACCUGCAAGCUCCACAGGUUUCAACCCGGAAGCUUCUUGCUGCGAUGGAUACCGACCGGUAAGUGCUAACCUCUGAAGCCACUGUGCUACCCUCCCCUCAACUUUGGUGAGUCAAACUCCCCAAAAGCCUCAGAGACGUUGAAGGGACUAUCUGACCGACUGUGUACGCAGGACAUGACAGAUGGCCCUAAGAGUCUGCAGCCGAGUUUCCUGUCUCCACGCCUGAAAACCGGGCCUGAUAGUGCCAGUCCUGACAAGCUCUCCUCAUCAAUCCUGCGGUAGGACAAUCUGAGGCUUCGGUUGAGGGAUUUGAGGCUUUGGAAAGGGAGGGGGUGGCUGCUGAGGUGAAGUGGUUAGUGGUCAAUGUAAGGAGACAGUAGGAAGGGGAAUGAGAUGUUGAGGUUUGGGGUCUCUCCCCACAACUGUUUCUUUAUUUUUUUAUUCUCCCCCCUUGCAACGUUCCCCACUCUGUCACUCCGUCUGACACUUGCACUCAUCAUUCCAGGGUCCUGCCGAUGGAAGGAGACUGUGGUCAAAAAACCGACGCGAAGCGAACCUCUCUGUCUGCGCAAGACUAAUAUCGCCCACGUAAACAUCUCUGUGACUGCAGCGCAACCACAAAUACUUUGGGGGACAUGCUUCACUGAAGUGUGGCAGACCUUGCUUCCAAAAUUCAGGCCUCUAAUGAAAUUACAAAUACCAGAAACUAAUACCAGAGAGAAAACAACCAUGAGGCUCUGCUGCAUUUUAUUUUCCCGAACGGCACUUUAAAUAGCAAUGCUGUACGCUAAUGGCUCUCCUUUCAAAGCCGUGGCAGGAUAUUUGAAAAGACGCCAUAAUCAACGACCCACAUUGUCCCGACCAGUCUGCAAAGGAAACCUAAAACAAACAGAACCUGAUGUCUCAAUUGUCAGAGCGUCUCAAACACAUGCUGCAAAGUGUGUUUAAUUAUAGGAGAGCUGCGUUUGACUCACACUUCCACACGUGACCACACAUGCCUGCAGAGUGGAGGCCUGGCCAAAUUCAUGUUCUUCUUCCACUUAAAGAGGAAGUGUGUCAUUAUCUGCGUUGGAUUGUGGAUUUUCCCAAACUUCACUCUGCUGUUGGCCCAUUAACAGUUGGGAUGGGUGAAUGUUUUUAAUUUUUUUCCCCCCUCCCUCAUAGGAGGAGGAGGAGGGGUGGGGUCUGCGCCGCUGUGUCAAUGUGACAAACGCUAGCAUCGCCAGGAGGUUGCUCCAGGCUGAUUGGUCAGCCUGUUUGUCAUCACAAUCUAUCUUGAUAAUGACUCGUAGAUAUUGAGCCUUUCCCUGUAAACUACUGACUCGAGUGCGAGAAAACCCCUUCGCCUCAGUGGCCAAAUGGAACCUUUUGCAAGUGAAUGAUGGCCAAUUAGAGAGACUUCUUGGUUUCGUGUGUUCAAUCAGGACUGGGCCAAUCAGUGAUGUCGUUUAACAACGCUUUUUAAACAAAUUAUAUUUUGGCAUUUGUCCAAAAGGCACAAAAGUAAAUUCCCCAGUUUGAUCUAAUUCAAUAUAAUUUCAUGAAUGCUAAUUUAUCAGUCAAAUUUACUUGGACAUUAUGCACAAUCUGUACAAUUCUGUGGGAACAGUUUUCAACCCUAUGCAUACUCAGGAAAACGGCUGCUUGGAUAAAUUUGAUGUGGGAGAACUUGAGGGCCCUGACCUUUAACUAUGAACACCCAAGCCUGUCGUGCCGAAAGUUGGGAAGCGUGUGAGAAUUUGAUGAAAGUAUACAAAGUUUGAAGAAAAUUAGAGUAUCAGUAUAGUAUAGUAUUGCAUCUAUAAAUUUCCGCCAGUAGAGGGCACCUAUGAGUGUACAGUUUCAGGUUUUAUGCAAGUCAUCAAAAUUUGAUGUCAUAUUGCGCCCACAAGCAGUGACAAAAACUGACAUUUUAGUGAGUUUUGUCUAGUGGUACGUAGGCCUACUAUAAGUCAAUGAAAUAUCAUCAAAAUGGUAAACUUCCUCUGUCUUUAGAAUUAUGGGUUCCUUAUUGUGGGUCUACCCAUGAUAGACAUGCCUAUUAAGAUUAAUGAAACUGGCUUUGGGGACUGAAUUUUCCCAAACUUCUAUAGUGCCUAGUUCAGUGAUUUGGAGAUAGCCAAAAUGAAACAAUUUCAAGAGACCCUUUCCAGUGCAGGCUGAGGCCUCUCUCUUUCCUCAUGUGUCAACGCUCCCAUCAAACUGCAGUUGGAAAGUCUUUAGCCUUAGGGGAAAGGACUUGUUGUGUGUCGCUUAAGAAAUCGUAAUGUGUCAGGGUGCUGGCUAAAUCCUCUUUUACCGUCAGCGCCGACUGUACAAGGUGGUGCAGUCGCCGCAGCAGUAAGAGGGAUCAGAAAGCAAAACUCGCUAAGUGUUGGUCGCACGCAAAGAGAAAAUGCUGCGUAAACUUAUACAACCCCAAUUCCAAUGAAGUUGGGACGUUGUGUUAAAC